AUGGGAAAUCAUUGCCCAUCGAUCACCCCUGUUUCUAUUGAGUUUUACGGGGGAACAAAUCAAGCCCUGAACUCAUCUUCGUAUGGGCAGUCCACUGUACCUAACGCUGUCAUUUGCGGGCGAGACUGCCAUGCUGACCCAAACUGCAAGUCGUUCAGUUAUCACAGGUGUAGCCGUGUAUGCGAAUUGCAUAGAGGCACGCGGCGCGAUACUAACUUGGUUGAGACAACAGGCAGCGUUUACUUUGACUCUCGUCAAGACACUCCCAACCUAUCGGUCGAGUAUCUCGACGAUAGGUACUGCAGUUGCAAGGAGCUACUGAAGGCUGGCUACAACACGAGCGGUGUCUACACAAUCUAUCCGGCUGCGUACUCCGGCGAUGGUCUGCGUGUUCACUGCGACAUGGACACGGCUGGUGGCGGCUGGGUUACCAUUCAGCGUCGGCAGGAUGGCAGUGUGAACUUCUUCCGCAACUGGACCGAGUACCGGGCCGGCUUCGGCAACCUAACGGGUGAGUUCUGGCUGGGCAAUGCGGCUCUACAAGGUCUGACCACGUUUGGGGGACCGUGGGUGAUAAGGUUCGAUUUCGAAGACUGGUACGGUAACACGGCUUGGGCAGAAUAUUCGGGGUUCCAGUUACUGGGCGGGGCCUAUACUCUUAGUUAUGAUGUUUACAACAAGAAUAGUACAGCCGGUAACUCACUGUGGCAAAUUGAGAACCGGCCAUUUCAAACUGAGGAUAACCAUAAUUCAUUCUUUGAUGUCCCCUCAGUAUGUCAGGGCGGCUGGUGGUAUGACUUUAUUCCGUGUGGGAAAGUCAAUCUAAACGGUGUUUACUAUUCCAAAAAUGAUCAGUCAUUUGACAGUACUGACGCAAUUAAAUGA